AUGCAACAAGACCUCCCAGAGUGCUUGCGUGUUGUUUCGGGGCAAAAGACUCGAGGCGAUGAGGCGCUCGCAGCAGCGUUGGAGGACAUACAUCGUUUUGUCUUUGGUGGAGACGAUGAUUCGACGGAAAUACCGACGCCGUCUAAGCUGCUUUCAUUUAGUGAAGCUGCCGUGGGGCGUGUUGGUAGUCACUUGGGUAAAAGAAAGCUGUCUGAAUUGGCGCGUCUUCCCAUCGUUGUGGUGAUUGUCGAAGUGCUCGCUCGUCUCGCGCGAGUCUUGUUUUGGGGCAUGGCUGCUCCCCCUGGAAAGGCUCCGUGCCGUUGUCGAAAGACUAUCGAGAGUGACGUAGAGGAGCUGGAAGAGAUACUUCUGCCACGAUUCUUUUUGAAACUGUCGGUGCGUCCUCAAACUUUGCGAGACGUCUUGAUGAAGUCACCCUGGGACGCCUUCUCACACCGGUAUGGCACGGGGAGUACAUCUCCAGCUGAAAGCUGUGAGAGUGCUCCUAUUGAGGUGGUGACCGCACUUCGUAGGCUGAAAAUUAACUUUGGGUGUGACUUUCUCUUUCACAUACGCGUUAAUGGUGGUGAAAUUAAAACUAAUGCCACAUUGACGGAAACUGUUACAGAAGCUGAUGGACGAUUAUCGAUGACCCCGUGGGACACACAGGGUGACUGUUCGACCCCUAAUGAUAAAGGAAACGAAGAAAGUAAGGACUGUGUGGGUAUUAGGCGUGCCUGUUCUCCCUGUACAAGAAGUAGCACUCUGGCUCCUGCUUUCGACAUGGGCGCGGCACAAACUGAGCCCCAGGAAAGCACGGUACACAGAAAAACUUUGGUAGCCCCAGUGCGUGGGUCAUGUGCAGUUCAGCCGGCUUACCCCCGUCACAGCCUCCCCGCAUACAUGCUGACCAGACGACGUUCUGGAACCUUAUCAAACGUGGAGAUGGGGGGCGGCUGCGUGGAAUCCGUUGGUCCUGAGGCUGAUCAGCAUUCUUCACUCUCGGACGAAGACAGUACAUCUUCCGAGGAGAUUGACAGAGACGCUGAAGUGUUGGCACCAGAAACACCAGUGAAGAAAAGAGUGCGAAGGGACAACGGCGCUGUUCCUCCUUCACCGUUUCGUCCCACGGACAAAACAAUCUCUCUGUCGCAUCAUUCCAAAGUAGAAGAAAAGUUGUGA